AUGGCAUUGGCAUCGCGUUUACCAAAAGAUUGUCUUGAAAAUAUAUUUUUAUAUCUUGAGGAAGAUUAUAGUCUACUUCAUUCGUUAUUAUUGGUUAAUCGUAAUUGGUUUGCCAGUGCUAUUCCUAUUCUAUGGCGACGUACUUUUACCUUAUCAAAUUUCAAAUCAAAGAAAAAACGUAGAAUAAUUGAAACUUAUUUAAGAUGUUUGGAAAAUGAUGAAGAUUAUUACAAAGAUUUUGAUUCAAUACAACUGAACAACAUUAUCACCGUAUUGUUAUCAUGUAAUAACAGCAACAACAAAAACUUGAAUUAUCUAGAAUUUAGUAGUAAUGGUAGAAACAAAUUUGAAAAUCUUGAGACAUUGAAAUUUAUUGAAUGUGGUGAGAUUGAGCUUUAUAGUAGUAACAACAAUAUUUAUAGUCUUAUUACUAAUAGUAGUGGUAACACUAAUAAUAGUGUUAACAGCAUUAAUAGUAGUAAUAAUAUUAAAAAUAUGGAGAUAAUCAAUUCUAAAUUAACAUAUAGUUUAAUAAAAUUAUUUAUAAUUCAUUCCAACAUUAAUAUUAUAAAUCUUAAUAUAGAUUUAGAAUAUAAUAGCAGUGCUAAUAGCAACACCAACACUAAUAACAACAACAAUAAUUAUAAUAAUUAUUGUCUGAACAAUUUAAUUGAACUGAUUGCAGCAAAUUGUCCAAAUCUAUUAAACCUAAAGAUCAAAGUAUACAUCAAUAAUCUGGUUGAAAUUAUAAAGCUAUUAAAAGAAUGUAGAAAAUUAAAAUCUUUAAUACUUUAUAAUAAUAAAAACACCAAAAAUAAUAAUUUAUUUGUAGUCAAUAAUCUAUUUUUAAUUAAUAAUGGUUAUUAUGACAAUAUAUUAAUAGAUUUAAAAAAACAACUACCAACUACCCUUGACACCCUAGUAAUUAAAAUUGAUUGUGUCUUUACUAUAAAUGCAAUUGAUUCUUUCUUAUUCAAUGAUUAUAAUGAUAGUAGGUUAAAGAUCAAAUUAUCUAAAUUUGAGUAUUUAUCUUAUGGAAACAUUUAUCAUCAUUUAAAUAUAAUUACAAGUUAUUGUAAAUUAAAUAAUCUAUUAGUUAAAAAUAGAAAUGCUAUUAGUUGUAAAGAUUUAUUAUUAAGAGAUUUAGGUCACAUAGUGGUUGAAUUUGAAUGA